UCCAAUGGGCUUGUCUAUAAUGCCAGUCCAGUCUAAUCAUACAAAGAGAUUUACGCUGAGAGACGACGUUGGUUCAUUUCGCUGUCACGCACCCGGGAAAUUAAAAUUGGAGGAAAGGUUUUUCAAAUGUUCGCGCUGAGGCUGCGGCCGCGAUGGUGGAGGCGGAAGCUUGUACACACUAACAGGACUUGUAAUUUCUCAACCGAGGCGAAGCGAGUGGGAACUCACGAUGGAAGCUUUCACUGCGACGAAGCUCUCGCCUGCUUCAUGAUUCGUCUCACUAAUAAAUUCUCAAAUGCUCAAAUCAUCCGUACCAGAGACCCUCAGGUAUUGGACACACUUGACGCAGUGCUUGACGUUGGAGGUGUGUAUGAUCAGAGCCGAGAUCGUUAUGACCAUCACCAGAAAGGAUUUCAGGAAGCCCUUGGGUAUGGCUUCACCACUAAACUUAGUAGUGCUGGACUUGUCUAUAAGCACUAUGGAAGAGAGAUCAUUGGAAAGGAGCUUCAGCUUGGUGAGGGAGACUCGGAUUUGCAUCACUUAUUUAUUGUCGUUUAUAAGGACUUUAUGGAGGCUAUCGAUGCAGUUGAUAACGGAAUCAGUCAGUAUGAUACGGACAAGUCCCCUAAAUAUUUGAAUAAUACAAGCUUAUCAUCUAGGGUGGAGAGAUUGAAUCUAGACUGGGUUGACCAUGACCUAUCAUCUGAGAGAGAGGAUGAACUCUUUGAACGAGCAAUGCAACUUUCCGGCGGAGAAUUUUUGGAGAAUAUUCAUUACAAAGCAAAUUCAUGGUCACCUGCUCGACCUAUUGUCAUGGAGUGUCUUGCAGCAAGGAACGAUAUCGAUUCCAGCGGUGAAAUCAUGAUGUUGACUAAAAGUUGCCCUUGGAAACUCCAUAUAUAUGAGCUAGAGGAGGAAAUGAAGAUUUGUCCAUUAAUCAAAUAUGUUAUUUAUCAGGAUGACAGGAAUCAAAAGUGGCAAGUGCAGGCGGUGGCGGUGUCGCCUGAUAACUUUGAGAGCAGGAAACCUCUGCCACUUUCCUGGAGAGGUUUAGAAAACGACGAACUUUCUGAAGUGACGGGGAUCCCUGGUUGUGUUUUUGUCCACAUGAGUGGGUUUAUUGGUGGAAAUAUAAGUUUUAAAGGUGCUUUGCAUAUGGCAAGAGCUUCUUUGAAGGCAUAGCAAAAGACUGAUGCUGAUGAGUGAAGGUACAAUGCCAUACUAUCUACGUUUUUGAAGAGGUAUCUGUCAAACAGUUGGGCAUUGUGUUUUGAAUAUGGCACUGGGUAGAUUUGAUUAGACUGACCUCUUUGUAUUCUGCUUCGGGCCGCACAUCAAGGAUCACAAAAUUAUUUUCUUGCUGAAGGCGUCGAGCUUCCUUGACAUCCACACUCCUUACCUGUGAGGAAGAAAUAUUUUUCUGCAUUAGUUUUGUUGCAGCACAUUGGAUUUUCCAGCCCCUUUGGAUAGUAUGUGAAGAAGAUGAUCUUUGGCUUAGAGGUUUGACUGUGGAGCAGAAUCUGUUGUGUAAAGUAGUUUUUGAAGAGGAAAUCAGUAGUAGUGAGGUAUGGAGAUUGGGAUGCAAGGAGAAUGAUGAAGAUGGAUGCUGUGUGAUUGAAGUAAGAAGAGCCAUUUUUCUGGAUUGGAUUCCUAUUGCUGUUGCUGCUUAGCGAUAAACUUGAUGAUAUAUUAAUGGGCCCUCUCAGUAUUUGGGUUUAAGAGGCUAGCAGCCCAUGAGCCAUUUCUCCACGAUAUAUAUAUAUGCUUGUAAUAUUAGUGUGUGAAUGCAGAUAGUACACAUUUGAAGUCAA